GGUCGACGUCGUUAUACCCUGCAGCGCGGUGCUCGCGAGGUCCGUAUUAUCAUUGCAAAUCGUCGUUUAAUUUCUUACGAGGUGGUAACGCGCGCGACUCGAUCUCGAUAAAUUAAUCUUAAACGUUGGACGAAUUUCUGUGAUUUCGUUCGAUUUUUUGGUGCAUUCACCACCGCGCGUUCUCCUAUUGUGACCCCCGGGAACAACCAAUCAUUCUCCUCCACCGCUUUCGUCGUCGUCGAUGUUUCUUGCAUCGAUUUCAUCCUCGUGAAAAACGUCCUUGUGGUAUUCCAGAGGAAAGAAGCAAAAUACAAGAAACGCCGUUUGGCCUUUUGCCGACUGCUUCGAAUUCGAUAUCGAGACGCGGAAGCGUUAUCGAUAAUCUCGACAGUUAAAGAUUGCGAAACAGGUGGAGCGUCACGAUGACAAGACUCAUCACGGCGUUGUUGGUGCUGCAGGCUAUCGCGAGGUUGGGUCGCGUGGCAGCCGCGGAGUCGACGCACUCGACGCACGCGGCUGACCAGCAGCCAGUUCCUUCUGCGGUCCCAUCGGGACUUUCUGGGCCAGAUUACACCGGUCCAUCUGCCGGUUCCGACGAGUGUGACCCAGAAAUGGUGGGCUUCGAGCUGGUGACUGGGUACGUGUUCACCGCACCCACGAACAUGCUCGAGUCCAUACCGGGAACUCUGAUGCUCACCGAUUGCUUGGAGACCUGUCAAGCGAACGAUUCCUGCCAGGCGGUCAACUACGAGACGGGCCUGUGCGUUCUGUUCAGCUCGAACGCCGACAGCAAUCCAGGCGCUCUUUCACAAUCCCAGUUUCCAGUAUUCACGAUUUACGCUCAGAAGAGCUGCUUGGCUGUGAAACCAUGCGAACGUGCCUGGUGUAUCGACAGGGUCCAGGGGCAUCGUCUUCAGGGGCACACACGCAGAACUAUGAAUGCCUCCUCGCGACAGCACUGUUUGGAGCUCUGUUUAGGCGAGAGAGACUUCCUGUGCCGAUCUGCCAACUACGCAAACUCAACGAAACAGUGUGAACUUUCAGAUAUGGACCGGCUAACCGUUGCAGGAUCAAGCGCUUUCCAAUCUGCUAAAGAUUUUGAUUAUCUAGAAAACCACUGUGUGGACGAACCGGUGAAACUUUGUGAAUUCAAGAAGCUGUCUGGGCGUAUCUUGAAAACUGUGGAUUCCGUAUAUCAAGAUGUUGGCAGUGCAGAAGAAUGCCGAGAACUUUGCUUGAACUCGCCAUUCCGUUGCCAUUCUUACGACUAUGGCGACACUGGUGAUAUGGUGUGCCGUCUUAGCCAUCACUCCAGAGCUACUCUUUCGGAUAUUCAGGAACCUUAUCUUGACGUGCCUGAGGGCUCAACCUACGAAUUAAGCUCUUGUUACAACGUAACGAUCGAUUGCCGUGCCGGCGACAUGGUGACAAGAAUCCAAACGAGCAAAUUGUUCUACGGCAAGGUGUACGUGAAGGGUUCGCCAAAUUCGUGCGUACAAGACGUAAAGGGCGCCUUGGAAUUCGAGUUACGAAUGGCUUACGACGAUUUGGAGUGCAACAUCAAACAACAGGGUUUGGGUAGAUACUUAAACGACGUGGUGAUCCAACACCACGACACCAUUGUUACCAGCUCCGAUCUUGGUUUGGCUGUCACCUGUCAAUACGACCUGACCAAUAAAACAGUGUCGAACGAAGUCGAUCUCGGUGUACACGGUGAUAUAACGCCCGCGUUGUCCGAGGAAGUGAUCGUCGACUCGCCGAACGUCGCCAUGAAGAUCACCGAUCGUAGUGGAAACGAAGCCAUCCCAUCAGCCGAAGUCGGUGAUCCGUUGGCACUGAAGUUCGAGAUCCUCGACCCUAACAGCCCGUACGAGAUCUUUGUACGCGAGCUAGUGGCUAUGGACGGCGUGGACUCCAGCGAGAUAGUCUUAAUUGACUCGGAUGGCUGCCCCACCGAUCACGUCAUCAUGGGUCCGCUCUACAAGUCCGCUACCACCGGCAAGAUCCUCCUCUCGCACUUCGACGCCUUCAAAUUCCCUAGCUCUGAGGUGGUACAAUUCCGUGCAUUGGUGACACCUUGCAUGCCUACUUGCGAGCCGGUGCAGUGCGAUCAAGAGGAAGCCACCGGCGAGCUUCGUUCCGUCAUAUCCUUCGGCAAACGUCGUCGUCGUCGUUCCACUGGCUCUUCCGCUCAAAGCCGCGACGAUCUUCUUUUGGUACAAUCCAUUCAGAUCACGGACAAGUUCGGAUUCGAGCACGACAGCAAGACAUCGAACGCCAGUUCGGCGACUAGAGACACCGUAUUCGUGGAAAGCGAGGACAUAUCGUCAACGAUGGGAAUGUGUAUUAACUUGGGCGAGGCUAUCGUCGCUGGUACCGUCUUCCUCGUUGCUCAGAUCGCUAUCAUCGCUGCGUGGACCUUCACCUGGCAAAGACGUCGUCAGAUGCUCAAGCAUCAAGAAGCCCUUUCGGUCUCGGUUUCCGUUCCCGGAAUGCAUUCCGUUCCAGGACGCACCGACAGCCUCUGUAAGUUGUACGACACCGGAUAUUCAGCGCGCCGUUUUUGAAUAGCCUUCGUUUCCUGCACCCGUCCUUCAAUCUCGUCUUCCUCCACUGCCGACGUCGUGAACCUCCAGACGACUUCUCAGAGAUCUUUACGAGCAAACAAAACGCACGUAAUUCCUUCGUUUUUUAAGCUUCCCAAUAUGCAAAAUUAGGCUCGAAUUCUUCAGAGGAAGAAUUUUGCAAAAUACUUCGGUUUCAGAUUUUCGAAGUAUUUAAAAACUAGUAUUUUUUGUGUAGUUCUUAGAAAUGCCUGUAAUUCAGACCCGAAUAGAAAUUUUGUAACGCCGAGAAUCUCUGAAAGUACUGGAGGAAUCUAAUUGAUAAUGUUAAUUCCUGGCGCAGCAGUUCGUUGCUUUGUAAUCGGGAUUUGUGCAAAUUUAGAGUAUUCGGUGAGGUUUCAAAUCGAUACACUGGGCAGAUAGAAGAAUUUUCUUUUAAAUCGUAGGAUGUCUGGACAAGAACUGCCCGUAUGGUCGACGACACUUCGUGCUCUCUACUUUAUAAGAAUUAUCGCGUGUAUACCUUUCUUCUCUUUUCUCGAGGAUAAACGAUCGAUCCUAAAAACAAAGCUGCUUCUUACCUCAUUUUACUAACAUCGAUGGUAAUAACUCAUCAGGAAGUUGAAAAAAUAUGAUUCAAUCAUGGGUGCAAAUUCAAUUAACGAGUAUUGAAAGGAACAGAAAUAAACGUAGCCUUCUAUGAUCGCUGAUUUCUUCUUUAGCUGUAUGAGGAUGCAUCGUUUAUAACACCUUUUUCUAUGAUUCCCCUGUUCGCGUGACGGACAACGUCAAUUAAUACGACACGUGGAAUUAAACACCGUGAAAUGCAUACACGCAAUACAUUCUCGAACAUCGAUCAUCGCAAAUUAGAAAAUGCUACUGACAACCCGCGUAGCUUUCUACUUAACUAAUUUCACUAGAGAAAAUCGUCGUGAUAAAGCCCGACUAUAAUUAAAUAUCGAAUUAAAACAGAAGCUCGCAACAGCUGAACGAGGAAUCUGGAGGAAACUAAUUACACAGUAGCAGUUGGAAGCAAUUAUGCGAUCAAAGGAGGCCGGCUCGAUCGAUUAUCUUGCAGCUUCGUCAUCCUUCGUUCAUAAUCGCGCAUAAUCUUCCUGCUUCCUUUGCGACAUUUACUUCCUUCAUUUUUUCUAUCCCCGUUCUUUUUUCUUGUCGUGCGUGAAACGACAGGUACAGGAUAAAGCGAAAUAAACCGAAGCGGGAUGAGGCGUGGUUCCGAAGGUGAUGGAGGUCGACGUGUACUUGCUACGUUGGAUGGGGCACCGGUGCGGACUCUAAUUAGCAUUGGGAAUCGAGCAUGAUUAUGCAGAUGCUCCAAGUGGGAUAUCAACAGGAGCAAGGGUGGGAUAGAGAAGGUCAGAGGGUAGUGGUUGAAACGGAACGACUGGAGACAGCAGUAGGAACUGAAAGGGAGGGGGGUGCAAUGCGCGUCAAGGGGUUGGCGGAAGGUUAAUUGCCUCUUGUGGCGUCUCGGGGUUAAGCUAAGCUUCGUAGGGUUAGACGAGAAUUCGGGAGCAAGAAGGGUCGAGAAACGAGACAGCGAACGGCGUUAGGAUCGCAUCAAGGAUAGCUACGUACAGCAUACUGGGAUCGUAUAACCGCCAUCCCUUUCCGACUUAACCUUAGAGCCAGGUUUCGGCCAACCGUAUCGGUCAGGUUAAUUUACAUCGCGACACGUGAGCUUAUCGACGUGCUCCGAUGGUUACGAGUCAUGUCUAAUCAACGGGAUAAGUCUUUGAUGUAGCGCCUAGAAGUAUAGAGAGCAGUUCCUCGUUAUUUCUUUCCGGAGUAUAUCGCACGGUGUACGCGCGUAAACAAAGUUAUUAAUAUCGCGAUGAAAGAUUCUCGAGGUGAAUAAACUUCUAUAUCGUGUUUUAAGAUAGUUCUAGCUUAUUGUUGGGAAACAACUGGCGUGCACUAGGUUAAUCGAUUCAACAAAAUAGCUUAAAGUUUCUGUUAAAAUAUUUAGUCGGGAUAUUGCUAGAGAUAUUUUCCGCGGUGAAUUUCGAGAUUACGAAAAUUCAGUAACUACUAUUACGGUUGUGGGCGGACGUUUACGUUAGAGAAGUUACUUCGACAUUUUCCUAGCUCCCGUGCGAAUCAGAGUUCAAAUAUACCUGGGAAAGUUAUAACGCGCAGUCGAUCUUAACUUCGAAACAUAGAUCCAACGUGGAAACGUCGUCGGCACAAUGCACAGGUCAGAGAGACAGUACGUUCGAAUCGGUUACGUUUCGCUGUUUGGAUUGCUGUUUAACAUAACAAGCCUUACCGGCCGAACUUGCCAAAACUAUGGAUGGCGUCGAAGUUUCGUUACGCGAGCAAAAUUUUACAGUGAGCCAAAACCGAAACCUACGACCGGGUAGGAGGGUUAGAACGGAUCUAUGACAGGGAAUCCGGUUGUAUAUAGGGUAGCGGAGGAUGGUGAGGGCGCCCGCGAUACGUUGGGUAAAUUUAAAUCG